AUGCCUCAGCAGUAUAUCCACAUUCCCGACCUGAUGGCCACCUGGCCAUGGCCUGAACGGAUCCACCCUCUGCAUGAAGAAGUCGACGCCGAGUCGAGCGCGUGGCUCAAGUCGUUCGCCCCCUUCACGCCCCAGUCGCAGCACGCAUUCGACAAGUGUGAUCCUGGGCUGCUCUGCGCCCAUGUAUAUCCCGACAUAUCGCGAGAAGCCCUGCGUACGAGCAUGGACCUCAUCAACAUAUUGUUCGUGGUCGACGAAUAUACGGACGUUGAGCCUGCGCCCGCCGUGAGAGAGAUAGCCGACAUGCUCAUCGACGCAGUGUACAACCCGCAAAAGCCUGGUCAGGCAGGGGAGCUUGUUUUAGGGAAGAUCAUGAGAGAAUGGUCACAGCGCUGUCUCCCGGCUGCCACCCCGGAAGCAGUCUCGCAUUUUCGCAAGUCGUUCACGAAUUACCUCGAGGCCGUUGUCUCGGAAGCCGAAGGACGAUGCACCGGCACCAUUCGCUCGAUCGACAGCUACAUGAAAAUCCGCCGCGAAAAUAAUGGCGUUCGCCCCUCCCUCUUUCCAUGCGAGCUGCAUUUGAGCAUCCCGGACGAGGUGUUCUACCACCCGCAUGUUGUAGAUCUGCAGACAUGUGUCGUCGACAUGAUUAUCACGGUUAACGAUAUCAUGUCGUACAAUAGAGAACAGGCCACCCACAUCGACGACUGUAACCUGCUCACGGUCGUCAUGCGGGAGCUAGGCACAAACUUCGAUGGUGCCAUGGCCUGGAUCGUCGAUUACCACCACGACGUCGCUACGCGAUUCAUCGAGGGACUCGAAAACAUCCCCUCCUUUGGGCCCGAAGCCGACGCUCGACUCCAGGAGUACCUGCAGGGCAUAGCCAACUGGCCGGGUGGUGUAGACAGCUGGAGCUUCGAGUCCGCGAGGUACUUUGGGGAGCGGGGCGCAGAGUACCGGAGGUCGCGCCGGGUGCCUGUUCUGCAAAAGAAGCACCUUGCCCAGCCGACCUCAUGA